UCCCCGCCACCGCCUAGCUUGGCCUCAGACUGGGAGCUGCCGCCGCCGAAGCCGCCAUGGGGGUAGAGGGCUGCACCAAGUGUAUCAAAUACCUGCUCUUCGUCUUCAACUUCAUCUUCUGGCUGGCCGGGGGCAUCAUCCUUGGAGUGGCUCUGUGGCUCCGCCAUGACUCGCAGACCACCAACAUCCUCUACCUGCAGCUGGGUGACAAGCAGGCUCCCAACACCUUCUAUGUCGGAAUCUACAUCCUGAUUGCUGUUGGUGCUGUCAUGAUGUUUGUGGGCUUCCUGGGAUGCUACGGCGCAAUCCAGGAGUCACAGUGCCUUCUGGGGACGUUCUUCACCUGCCUGGUGAUCCUGUUUGCCUGUGAGGUUGCAGCUGGAAUCUGGGGAUUUGUCAACAAAGACCAGAUAGCCAAAGACGUGAAGCAGUUCUACGACCAAGCGUUCCAACAGGCGCUCAUGGCAGAUUCAGACUCGAACAACGGGAAGGCUGUGGUGAGGACUUUCCAUGAAACGUUGGACUGCUGUGGUCCUGAUGCUGUGGUUGGAACACUCACUCCUCUGUGGAGAGAUGACCUGUGCUCGAAGGACUUCCUGAAAGGCUUGCUGCAGGCUGAUGCAAGCUGCCACAAAAAGAUUGACGAGCUCUUCUCUGGGAAGCUGUACCUGAUCGGUAUCGCUGCCAUCGUGGUUGCUGUCAUCAUGAUCUUCGAAAUGAUCCUGAGCAUGGUGCUGUGCUGCGGCAUAAGGAACAGCUCCGUCUACUGAGGCGUGAGAGCGGGGAGGGGAAGGGGGGAGCAGGGCAGACGGCGCUGGAGGGGACCCCAAGUGCCACCAAGUGACCAGGAGACAUUUCAACAAAAGACAAAGAAAAAAAUGUACAUAAAUACUUCCAAUAUUACCAUACAGUACUUAUCAUUUUUAUUUUGAAGUACUUUUUUUUUUUUUUUUUUUUUUUUUAAAUAAAUAAAACUUUCCCGUAUCCUUGUGGCUCAGUUAGUUACACAUCACUUUUGUGUGAUAGGGAAAGCUGCUGUAGCAGAUCUAAUCCUUCCUCCCCCUUCCCCAGCCCCAAAAUUCAGAAAUAACAGUGGUGGAGGAUGUACAGAGGAGAAGGCUGCAGCCUGUUAUCAGAAAUCUUUGCCUUGCUUUUUACUAUUUCAGUACAGACUGUUUUUUUUUUAUUGUUAUUAUUAUUUUUAUAUAUGCAUAGUUCGAUGCUGAAGCUGGAUUUAGCUUUUUUGGUCAUUUGUUUUCUUUUCCUACCAUCAUCCUAAUUCCCAGCAUUUCCACACUGUUGUCUGGGAAGGCCAGGAGAGAGGAAGGGGAGCAGACCCAGUUGGCCGGGUGCGAUGUGUCCUGGCGAGAUGGAGGUGAAUGCUCCUCUCAGAUCUGUUUGCAUCGCUAGGUAAUCUCUUACCACAGGUCACACUGACAUUUUUUUACUCUCUGAAGGUAGAUGAUCUUUAUAGUUGUUUUUUUUUUCUUUUUUUUUUUUUUCUUGUUAGUUUUUCUGUAAGCUCUGACUUUAUAAAUUGGCUCAUUUCCAGCGAUCUGUCACGUUGAAGGGUCAGUGGCUGGGGAUGAAUUGAGUCCCGGUUCUUCUAACAGAACAUCCUGAAAACUAAGUUGUUCUAUUUUUUUUUUUUUUUUUUUUUCUUUUUUUAAACCUCACUGAAUGUUUAUA